UUUCUAGGCUUUUCAAUAGCUUAAUUUGACAAAAGAUUUUUAAUAACUUGCUGGUUUAAUAUAAUUCUUAUUAUGCAUGGCUCAACAAAUAAAACUGCUGCAUCCAGUAGGAAAUGGUAAUCUCACAUAAUCAGAUAAAUAUUGCAUAGAUAGAGAAAUAAUUUGAAAAAAUGUUGUGGUAUUCUGGUCCGCAAAAAAAUUUAAAUUUGAAAAUGUGUGGGAAAACAUGGUUCAACAAUGAUGAUGCCUGGCUAUAAUGCUCAUUGAGAAACGAUUGCAAGUUUGAGAAAUACGCAUUGUUGUUUAAAAAGCUAUAAGCGUGUACCUUCGAAAACGCAAAUAAGAUUCAAGUGCCUCAAGGAAUUUCAAGCGUUACAGCAUUAAAAAUCGUACCAAAUUCAACAUUUUACCUUUAAAAAACCAUGUCAUGCAUCGUGCCGACUUGUGACACCAAACCAUCUUCCGGGAGACGUAUGCGUAUGUUGCCAACUGAUCAAAUCUUGGCCAAUCGUUGGCAUCAAGCCAUCCAGAUUGGAUGUGGACUAGUGGGUACCUAUCAUUCAGCAUCAAGUGGUUCAUCAGGUCUAAUAUGUGAUGCUCAUUUCGCUGAAGCAGAGCUUCCUGUUACGAAUGUAUUUUACCAGGAACCAUCCAAAUUUUAUAACGUCGAAGGACAAUUCACAACGGUAGUAACUUGUAAAACAUGCUUGAACUUCUUUCCUGAAAAAGAAUUUUUGUAUAUAAGGAUUAUUUGAAAAGCUUGGACAGGCUACCGGCGGAUAUGGAAAAACUCGAAAGUUUAUUCUCAUCGGAUUCGAACCUAUCCAUCUACAUGUGCUUACAAUGCUCAGCUAGAAUCGAAAUACUGAAAUCUAUUUUGUCGAGCAUUCAACAGUUUACCGAAUCCGGUAGAUUGUUGGAAGGACUAAUCAACAAGGCAAUGGAAAUUGGGAACGAUGAAGAUACAGCGAAUGCUGAACAAUUCGGCACCUCAAAACCGGAAGGAACAAACUAUGAGUUAAUAGGAGAAAAUUAUUAUCAAUGCCACUCUCCCGACCAGCGUGGACCAGAAACUAUUUAUGGGUUGCAGAGUAUGAAUGAAAUAAACUCUGAAAUGUUUGAUUCAACCGAUGAAGCUCAAAGCGAUUAUUGCGUAUGUCGUCUGUGCGGAGAAUAUUUCAGCAGUCAACAAUUUCUGGAAGAUCACAUCGGAAGCUGGCAUUCGAAAAAUCUGAACAGUUUCGAGUGCUCAAUCUGCCGGCAGACGUUCAAAAACGCAGAAGACUUUGCGGCCCAUUAUCACGAACAAGAUAAAACCGGCUUCCGGUGUGAUGUUUGUGAGAAGACGUACAAAAAUGUCCGAACAUAUCGGAUGCACAGAAAGUUGCACAUCGACCGUGUCUUUUACCCGUGUGAGUUUUGCAACAAAACGUUCAAGGUGAAAUAUUACUUGCAACAACACAUUAAAAUACACAAAGAAGAGGUCAAGUUUGAGUGUGACAUUUGCGGCAGGACGUUGUCCAGCGGCUGGUAUUUGGAAAUCCACCGGAAGAAACAUUUGGACGAUUGAGCCACAAAAACUAAUCGAACCACCUAGUGAUCUUUACUAGCAGCGUCUCCAUCACAUGAAGCAUGAGCUUUCAGAAAAAGUUAAAUCAUCGUGUCAAACAUCGUAUAAACGUACCUCAGUACCAGAUCCAGGAAAAUUGCAGAUCCAAGUACAAGCGCACUUCCCCAAUCUACUCCUCGUUUUCCAAAUAACCGUCUUACAAUCGCUUUAAUUUCAAGUUGGUCUUUUUUUUGGGUCAUCAGCUCUCAGAAAAAUGGCUCUACUCUUAUUCGUUUUAUCAAUCAUUCCUUAGGAUCGCGUUUAAAAAAAAGGGGAAAUAUUAACAAGAAUAGUAUAUACCUAACUGCAGAACAACUAAAAUGGAUUGAAUAACUUCGUUAUUAAAAUAAUCGAUUAUGAAAUAUUUUAAACAUAGCCAAUUUUAUGAUAGGUUUUAAGAAAAAAUAAUUAAAAAUUUUUUUUUUUAUAAUUUCAAAAGCAGUU